AUGUCGCAAGCAAGGGACGUGCACAGUGGCGCAGCGGGUCGCGGCGUUGUCUUUUUGUGUCUCCCAAUACGGAGACAGAUGCGCGUGGUCGGGACAGGUCACGCAGCGAGCCAACAGAAAUACUACACAGAGGCAGUGUGCAUGCAGUGGCUUCGAGAAGCGCAAGGACGUCUGUGUCCGGAACAGGUGUGGCGAGUUUCCCUUGCAACUUCUCGAGAGUCUCUUUGCGAGGUCCCCAACAUAAAACGCUCAUCUGCAUUCAUCUCGCACGUGAAUAAGGCAGCUGAUUCAGCCUUCGACCGCCUGGGUCUCUCGAGGGGCUUCUCAGCAAUCACGGCAUGCUGGGGUGGAAGACAACGUUUUGCAUGUUCCGUCAACAGAAACUUAGGAGACACAAUUUUGAUUUUCCACGGGCUUCGCCGUGUGUCUUCGGCCCGGCUACUUAAAAGAUACGGCAGCAUUGAUACGCAGCGCGAAAAAGUGGUGGAUAUUCACAUCGGCAUCAUGGAGGGCACCAGCUUAAUGUCCCUUAUUGACAAGUCGAAGGUCGAGUGUCUCAACGAGGAUGCCCAGCACUCCAUCCGCGACAUCAUCGAACAGACAUCGAAAUCCGCCUACCUCAGUUCAUCAAAUGAAGACCCGCAGUUGCUCAUCAAGCUCGGCUUCACUAGCCCUGUAAAACUGUCGUCUCUGAUGAUAAAAUCACCGCCCGGAAGCGCUGCAGCCGGAGAGGUGCCCACUACAAUUAAGCUGUUCACCAACAACCUUGCGAUGGGGUUUUCCGAAGCAGAGUCCGAGCCUCCAAUUCAAGAAGUGACUCUCGACGAAAACGAAGUUGAAAACGGAUGUACAGUCCCUCUAAGAUUCGUCAAGUUCCAAACCGUCUCCACUCUCGUCAUUUAUGUGGAAAGUAACAACGGCUCCGACCAGACAAAAAUUUCCGAGAUCAAGGUCUGUGGAGUUCCAACAGAGAAAUUGGAGAUGAAAGAGUGGAAGCCCGUGAAGGAAAGUGAAAGGCUGGCUCCAAACGACACCUGAUCGGACUAUCAAGACAAGCGGCCAGUUCUAGGUACGGCAGACGUCUAAGUUAUGCUUGCUAAUCCUCAUGCUCCGUUUCAAAAGCAAAAUGCAAUCGGGCGAGCUUCCUGUUGUCGCCCACGAUCUUGUCAGCGGUUGUUCCUCAGUUGCAGACAAAAUCGAAUAUAGCCGUCAGCCCGUUCCUGACGUCUCGUGAUCUGAUGAGCGAGCUUGCAAGCAAGUGCCUAAAGCGGCGGUUUUGUGUGUAAGCUCCCCCACAGCAAGCGUUAGGUCGAGCAAAUUGCUCUUUGCCGCCCCAAAUCUGUUAUACUGAAUGAACUAGGUUCCUGCUACUGGACCAGCGGGUGCCACUUGCGGAAUCCCGGGUCCCGACGGUCGAAUGUGUACUGACACUUCAGGUGCUCACCGAGUUGUGUUUCCGACUGUUUUCUGCGCUAGCGACGGAAGUUGGUGAACCGCA